CGCAUAAACUCAAAGAAUUGGAAACGUGUUAUAAAAAGUUUUUGAAACUUUGCAUAAAGAGUGAAAAUAUUAUCUUUAUAUAAAAAUAUUUAUACUCUAUUAUCAUCAUUCUUCGUUUAACUCACCGCUCGUGUUUAAAAGCUUACAUAUUCAGGCGUAGUUUGGGCUCGUUGGACGUACAAAAAUUGGUAAACAUGGCUACUGCAGCUGAUGAAACAUGUAAGCCCGAUGAAAAAGUGGCCUUAAUUACCAAAAAUUUAAAGGUACUGUAGUGAGUUUUUCAAAUAUAGAGUUCGAGAUUAUUUUCUGUGAUAUUAAGAAGGUUUAAGAAUGGGGGGAUUAUAAGAAUUUAGAAACAUGUGAUUAAUAUAAAUAUUAUUGAAAUAUAAGCAUGAAUGAAGCCAGUAUCACAGAAUAAGACACACAGAAGGUCGACUCGAGUAACAGCUGCCACGCCAUGAUUCAUCACAAUACUGAUGCCAUGGUCCUAGCCAUUGUGUGUUUGAGAGGCAUUCCCCCCCUGGACGUUUGCCAUUUUGAAUAUUAUCAGGGGGGUGAAUGCCUCAAACGCACACUGGCUAGGACCAUGGCGUCAGCAUUUUGAUGACUAAUUACGGGUUACGCCAAAAUCAUAGGAAAAACCAAGAAGUCGGCCUUCUGUGUACCCUAUUCUAUGCCAGUAUGGUCCAUGUGUGUGUCACAUGUGAUGAGAUUUUUGUGAUAUCUAUCAGCUGGGUGUUAACACUUGCACGAGAUGCAACCAUGGUUGGUGCAAAAGCUAUUCCGGCCCCCUUUAUAAAAUAGUGGCGAGCACAACCCGCCUAAUCCCAACCCCCCCUGCAACCCGCCCGACCCCCCCUGCUUCCUACAUUCCUGUUUUUUGGUUGGAUAUGAGACUUGAAGUUAUUAUAUUACAGGAAGUUUUAGGAGCUGACAGAAUCAAAGGCAUUGUUUCAGAAAGACCAUUGAAAAUCUAUUGGGGUACAGCGACAACAGGCAAACUACAUGUUGCUUAUUUUGUUCCAAUGACAAAGAUUGCAGACUUUCUACAUGCUGGAUGUGAGGUAUGGCCACAUUGACCUGAGGUUUGUGCAGUGUUUGUGAAAGAAAAAUUAUCAUUAGAUUAUGUGGCAUACAUAUCUGACCACCUCUGUAAUAGGUCUAAAUCCAAUUACUGCAAUAGGUACUGUAGUUUCCUGUCAUUCAGGCAGUGGCGUACCAGGACAAUGUUCCUCCAUAUAGCCUCUUCAUUUUACAAACCAAUGCAAUUUUAUUGAUCAAUUUACCAUUUCCAAUCAUUUUACUUCAGUUACAUGUGAGAGUAGUGUUUCCAGUUUGACUCCACCAAACACUACAGUUUCAGAAGUGUAGUAGCACCACUGGAUCAAUUAGGGAUGGACAUUACUAGAUCUCUAUCAUGGGUGGAUUUACUGGGGGGGGGAGGGGUUAGGGGGUUAACACCCCACCCUAGACUCUCUAACACCUCUAGUAAAGUGUUCAAUCCCACCAAAAUUUCACUUCACCCCUCCUAUUUUGUGUGAAAGGCUUUAACCCAAACGCCGAACCCUGCCGAAGCUCACUGAGUGGUGCCGCUUGCUCCCAACUAGAACUUUUUCUAUCCCUCCUUGUAAAUAAAUGAAAAUCUGCCCUUGAUCUCUAUGCAAAACUGUUAGACUUUUCUUGUAUGAUAAAUAUACUGCCUGAAUUAUAUAGUUCAGUUGAGUUGAGUUUCAUCUGUCAUCCUAGGUGACUGUCCUACUUGCUGAUCUUCAUGCGUACUUGGACAAUCUAAAAGCACCGUGGGACUUACUCCAAUACCGUGUACGCUAUUAUGAAGAAAUUGUAAAGGUUUGUUUAAAGUUAACAAAAUUUGAUGUUGGGCAUAAUUAUUUUUACUGGUCUUAAUACUAUGAUUUCUCAUUUUACAUUUUCCCAAGUCUAUACAGAAAGUACCCUUUUUUUCCAGCUCUUGAUCUCCCUCCUCUCAAAGCAAUAUGAAUAGAUAUUGAGCCUUAGCAUACAUUGGUCAUUAACCCCCUGCCCUGCAGCAGCGUCUGGUUUGCAUGCAUGUGAAGACGUGGAUAAAUAUGAACGACUCCUUAGUAAUUACAUUUUAGACAAAAUGUCUAUUAUUCCUGGACAUUAUGUAUUCUUUAGUUCGAUUUACACUACACAACUUUUGCCUAAGACUGUCACAUGCAAGGUCCUCAUGCAUGCUUACAACUUGAGUUGUACUGUGUAAAUGAAGCUCACAAAAGUUUAAUAGUGUAUAGUGUAAUCAACCUUUCGAUGUCUUUUUCCUAGGGCAUGUUAGAAUCGAUUGCGGUUCCUUUGGAAAAGCUAAAAUUUGUAAGAGGAACAGAUUAUCAACUUAGCAGGUAUGGUAUUUAAUUAAGGAAGGGUUAGUUCCUUAACAGACUAACAAAUUGAAGCAAAUUCAAUUUUUCAUCCUUAGGGAGUAUAUAUUAGAUGUAUACAAGUUGUCUACUGUGGAAACAGAGGUUUGUGUUCUGUGACAUAAGGGUUUACAUUACUUUACAUACAUUUUGAACCAGUUUUUAGACAUGCCAGUUUUGGUAACAAUCUUAUUGUUUCAUUUCUUUCUAUCUAUCAGCAUGAUGCCAAAAAGGCAGGAUCAGAAGUUGUGAAGCAAGUACAACAUCCUCUCUUGAGUGGCUUACUCUACCCUGGUCUACAGG